GGCUUCGUGGCGCGUGGGAGGGGCUUGGAGGCCAAUGGGAAUGGUUGGUCGUAAUUUUCGUUUUCAGCUUCAAAUCUAAAUGAUUAUGGGUUGCAAUGGUUGAUGGCUGAACAGUGCGUGACAUAAGAUGCAAAAUCUACUUCUGGGCUACAGAAGUGACGUCCAAGCACUGCCUCAUAUACCUAACGCCAAGAGCUGAACGUAAUGCAGGUACUGAAGAGAAUAAUAGAAACGUACCAACAAUGUCAGGUAGUCCAUGCAUGGCAUGAAAUUUUCUUUUCACAUCUGUCAGCUGCUGUCCACUGGGCCAGGUUCAAAUCCAGCAGUGCAACAACCUUUUUGCACAAUGGACAGGGACAAGAUCACAAAAUAUGAGGAAUUCCUGAAUGAGACCUUGAAAGUAGAUCUGAAGAAGCUGCUGGACCGGCGGGAUGGAGUUUAUGAAAACAUUGCCCACCACCUCGAGCUGAGGAAUACUAUCAACACUCUGCAAAAGGCUCAGGUGGACAAGAAGCCCCUGAAAACAAAGGUCGAUUUGGGAUGCAACUUCUACUGUUCAGCAAAAAUCGAUGAUCCAUCGCGCAUUUUCGUGCGUAUCGGAUUCGGCUUCUACUUGGAGAUGACCCACACGGAGGCGCUCAAGUUUAUAGCGCAGCGGGUGGAGGCGCUGGAGCGCCAGGCGCAGCUGCUGGGACAGAAUGCGGUGGCAGUGCGUGCCAAGAUCGACAUGGUGUUGCAUGCGCUACGUGAGCUGCACGGUGUGUCGACGCCCGUCGACAGGUAAUACCAGGCGCGGCCGCGGCGACGGCGCGCGCAUAACACUGGUGGCGGUCGAUGCCUCGACUCGCGGUGGCCACAGGCGUGCCUGCCAUUGACAGCAUGCACACCCCAGGCGCGGGUGCGCAUGUGUGGGUAUAGGUGCGUGUUCACCGUUCUCAAGGAUCCGCUGGUGUGCGCAGACGGGACUGGGCUGCUGCUGGAUGGUGUUGUGUGUGAACUGACGUAACCGAAGCGAUCGAGGCGCGUGAAGCGUGGCAAGAAGCAACAUGUUUCCAGUUGCUGUGUUGGGGUGAGAAUUGGAAUGAACUCCGUCCGGCUAUGCACAUGCUUGAAAUAUGCCGGUCCGUUUGAUUACUGGUAGCGCUAUCAGUGGGCGCUGCGCAGACUUUGCCUGGUUUUAGCCAGGAUUUCUUGCCGAGUACACCUUUCGUACUUGUAGUGUCGAUCGUCUCUGCUCGUUGUAUGGCCAUGCUUUCCUACCUCGCCGUGUGGCGCCUUUGCCAGCGGUUGGUGGCCAGCGUGCCCGCCGAGCUGGCCGCGCUCUGUGC